AUGCCGUGUAUCACUGUGUACAGAGGAAAAAUUUCCAAGUUGGAGAAAGUCAAAAAAAAGGCAACCAUAGUGGUUUUAGGAAGAACAGGAGAAGGAAAAAGCUCCUUGUUAAAUGCAAUUAUGGAAAAAGAGAAUCUACUGCCCCCUGGCUGUUUUGGUGCAUGUACAUCUGUCAUAACUCAGGUGGAGGCAAAUCUACAUGACUCAAACUACAUUGCAGAGAUUGAAUUCAUUUCUGAAGAGGAAUGGAACAAUCUGAUUCCUUCUUUAGAUAAAAAUGACCAAACCUGUAAAGAUAUGAUGACUGCACUGUUUGGAGCUGAUGCAGAAGAUAUGAUAUUAGAGGAGUUAAAGAAAAAGGACGACUACGCUAAACUUGAGCGAUUAUUGUCUACCAAGAAGAUAAUCUCAGAGAGAAGUAGCUCCACGUUUGCCAAUAAGAUUACUUUUUAUAUUACACAUUCAGAUGAGGGUGGCUGUUACUGGCCGAUUGUGAAGACCAUGACAAUUAAGAUUCCCAACUGUCAGGAUCUCUUGGAGCACAUUGUUUUUGUUGAUCUUCCUGGGUCUGAAGACUGCAACAAGAUCAGAGAUAACCUAUGGAAAUCUAAACUAAGAGAGUGCUCUGCUGUGUGGAUAGUAAGUAACAUCAAGCGUGCAAAAUCAGACAGAAACCCUUGGGCAAUAUUAGACCACUGCAUUGAAGACUUGGGACCUGGAGGAGAAUGCAAACACAUAAACUUCAUCUGUACUAAAACUGAUGAAAUGAAACCAGCAGAAUAUCUUAGAUCUGAACAGCUUGCUAAGAAAGACAUUUUAAGAGAUGGUCAGGAAUCAAAGGAGAGAUUCAUUAGUGAUGUUUUCACUGUAAACUCCACAGCAUACUUCGAUAAAAAAUCAAAUCUGAAACCUGCUGAAACCGAGAUCCCAAGGCUACAGAAUGUCAUCAGAAGCCUUAACAAGAGCAUCAGCGAAAAAUUUACCAGAGAUUAUAUCAAUGAAGCAAAAGGAAUUUUGUCCUUGAUCCAAAGCUUCCAACCGGAUGAAGAUAAAAAAAUGACAAAAAGAGGAGUCCAGAUGAAACUGGAGAAGAGUCUAGAAAAGAAACUGAAGAUACUGGAUGGUCAGUUUGAUUCACUUUAUGAGAUUCUGGAGCGAUGUCUCUCAAAGGGUGUAGAAGAAUCAGUGAAAUCAUUUGUUAAGACCACACGUGGCGUAAUAUUGCCUGUAAAGAAAAACAAAUUGUGCUAUAAUACAUAUCAAGCGAUGUGUAGGAAAAAUGGGUGCCACUGGCCACAAAACUGGAAUGAACCUAUAGAUUUUAACAAGUCUUUGAUCAAACACAUGUAUGACAACAUUAAUGCAGAGUUUGAAUUGAUGUUUCCUGUCGAUGCCAAUGACAAGAAAGGGAAAUCAAUGCAAGACUAUCUUGAUAAGUUUAAUAUCUUUCAGCGUGUCUCCCCGAGCGCAUCCAUGCAAUAUCACUUUGAGAAUUUCAUCAAAACACAGAUGUCUCCAAAGAGAUUCAAGAGUUAG